AUGCCAGCGCAGCUGCGUUCACACUCGAGUGCCCUCGGUCGCCUGCUUCGAGAUGCCGCUGGUCUUCGCCUGCAGCAGAUGCCCAUUGGGAGCGAGGAGACAAUCGGCGUGACCCAGCCUGCGGUCAGCAAGUGUGUGCGACGCGUGGCGGAGGCAAUCGUCCACGCCGGGGCCCGCAACAAGUGGGUCCGCUUCCCGAGGACGUCGGAGGAGAAGGCGGCCGUGAAGGAAGGGUUCCUUCGACGCGGCUCCAUUCCCGGUGUCAUCGAAUGCGUGGACGGCAACCUUAUAGCCAUCAUCGCACCGAAGGGCGAGCAGAAGGCGGCAUUCAUGUGCCGCAAAGGCUACUACGCCCUCAACACAAUGUUCAUCUGCGACGCAGGCAUGCGGAUCCUCGCCGUCGACGCUCUGCGACCGGGGUCAGACCACGACGCUCACGUCUGGAGAACUACGUGGUUGCGUCGUCGGUUGCUGGAGGGGCGUAUUGCCAACGCCGGCGAACACCUCCUCAGUGACAGCGGCUACCCCCUGGAACCAUGGCUCCUGACCCCUGUCACCGGCCACCCUCCCAUACACACUGCAGAAGGCAGGUACAACACUGCACACGCUGCCAUGCGGUCCGUAGUGGAGCGGUGCAUUGGGCUUCUGAAGAGCCGCUUCCGCUGCCUUCAGCGGUACCGCGCCCUCCACUACGAACCAGACCGUGCUGCCAACAUCCUUGCAGCAUGUGCAGUGUUGCACAACUUGUGUCUUGACGAAGGUGGCGUGUCGGAUGAUGUUAGUGACGACUGCAGCAGCAGCAGCAGCAGUGACGAUGAAAGUGGCAACCCCUACCCACAGAGAGUUCCCCGUAAUGUUGUAGCCGCUUCUCUGGGCAGCUUGGGUUUGCCAAAUGAUUUGCUGCUGCUGCUGUUGCUUCUGUCAUCACCGACACUGUCACCGCCAUCUGCACUGCGCAUGGGAGGAUAUUGGUCUUCGUCUCCUCGCUGCCUAUUUGGGCUGCUGCCAAGCACAACACUUCUCGCUCCACCAUGUGUACUGUUCUCACGCAACUUGUAG